AUGAAGCGCGAUCGAAGUGAAUACACUCCCGCGCAAGAGCAUUUCCACGAGAAGGAGCUUGACGUUGGAGGCGCAUACGAUUGCUUCCUAACUUUAGUAGCGCUGGUACUGGAAGGCCACGUCUUGCUUCAGGCGCAACUGGGCGGUGGGUGUGUCGAGAGAAGUGUCGAAUGUCGAAUCCGAGUGCAAAGUGAAGCUUGGUCUGAGUCAGAGAUGGCUUCGCUGAGCUUUUCGGAGCUUAAUGUAGAGAGUGAAGCUGCGAUUCUAACUGGUCGCGUCAAACGCGUUUCGCUCGUCAUCCACGAUGCUGCGAUUUCGCCAUAUUGCACAUCUUCAAUGCAAUGA